UGAUAUCUUCAUCAAUACCAUUCGUUCAUAUAGCGCCUGAUUUUUACAACAGUAAUCAAUAUCGCGCAUUCAUACUAGUAAUUACAUAGCGGAUGUAGUUAAAUUUAAAGUUAGUUAGCAAGCACCGCGCAACAGUCGUCUGUAAGUUUUUGAAAUCGAACAACUAUGACUACUAAAAUGGUGGAAAAUGUACAAAAGCCACGAGUGUAUACAGAAUAUUCGAAAUCAUCUCUUGUUGAAAUAUACGUAGCGGGAACCAGAUUUGAAAUUCCUAAAGAGAACAUUGCGAAAAAUCGAGAAACCUUACUGGGGAAAAUGUUACCAGAACUAAGCAAAGAAAAGGGAGGAGAUAUUUCAUUUAAUCGUCCGGAGGAGGCGUUUAAAGCGAUACACAAUUAUUUCCUUACGGGCAAGUUACACAUGCCUCUAAAUGUGUGCCCAGGACAGUUUGCCGAGGAGCUGGAGUUUUGGGGAGUCGGGUCUGAGCUGCUAGAACCGUGUUGUUUGUACAGGUUCUUGGCCUUUCACCAACAAGAGGAAACAACCAAACGUUUCAGAAAAACCAUCCCCUCAAUCCAUAAUCAGAAGGUUACAUCCGGGGGUUAUUCUUGUAGGCAACGACUGUGGUGUAUUAUAGACAACAGAGAGUCUUCUGUUCCAGCCAAGAUCUAUCUUGGCUUUAUUCUCACUUUUGUUCUUCUGUCAUUGGCUUCACUAUCACUGAGCACGGUUCAAAGCCUUCAGCGGAAACUGACGAUUUGUGAAGCACGUGACUUGUUGUUUUACGACAAUGAUUAUGACGACGAAGUUAAAGAGUAUUUCGAGAAUAACGUCGACUGCAGUAAGGACGCGGAGAUAGCGAUGAUGUCGUUUCUGGGUGAAUACGCAGAGUAUUCCGACGACGAUUUUGAAGAGAAACUGGAGGGAUUUAGAAACAGUUCAGGAGCUACGGGUAUAGGAGAUGAUUAUUAUUCGACACUGAGAUUGAAAAGAAAAUUAAAGCACGUUAAACUUCCUUACAAACACGCUCGCCUUGCGGUGUUUGAUCGGAUUGACCUUAUUGUACUUGCUGUUUUCACCGUAGACCUAAUCUUGCGCCUUACGACUUGUCCGAGCAUUGUUAUGUACUAUAAGUCACUUCUUAACAUCAUGGACUCGAUUGUCCUUGUUUGUGGAAUCGUUGGAUUUGUCUUGGAAAAAAUCUUGAUUAACUUCACCUAUGGAACGGGGGAUCUAGACAUCCUUAUAUAUUUCCAACAGCUUCGUGUGUUUCGUUUGCUUCGGAUUUUUCAACACGUCGCCGCCAUUAAAGUCUUGGCUUUUUGCUUCAAGGAAAAUUUCAAAGAAAUUCUCGUUCUCUUGUUAUUUUUGUUUGUUGGUGUGAACUUUUUCGCCAAUAUUCUUUACUUUGUGGAAACGGACACUAUGAAGAGUAUUCCCACAGCUUGGUGGUGGGGGCUGAUCACCAUGACAACGGUUGGUUAUGGUGAUAUCUAUCCGACAAGCGCUUUAGGUCGCAUCAUAGGGGCGUGUUGCGCAAUAAGUGGAGUAAUAGUUCUGGCCCUUGUUAUUCCAAUUUUUGUAAACAAUUUUCUUGCUUUGUAUGAACUAGCUCAUUUGUUGGGAAAAGAGAAAACUGGGAAAUCAAAACCGAUAACACUGCAAGUGAUGCCUACAAAGCAACAGAGCAAGGGGAUCUAACCUGAUGACGGAUUUUUUGAAAAAUCCUGUAAAAAAGAAAGAAAACGUAAACUUUGACAAACUUGUUUCAUCAGCAGGUUUUGUAUGUCGGAAAUAAAACAAAAUUUACUCUUUAUAUUUGGAAUGGAACAGAACUUCCACACUAAACUUUGUUCUUUGUGGAUUGAUGAACAUGAUGACCUUGGCCCGCAUCGACUACAUGAGCAACAAUGUCUUUUGACAAUGACAAAGCAAGGAUACUUCUCUUUCCCCCAAAAUAAAUUUUUUUUUCUAUAAUGACAACAAUAUCUGUAAUACAUUUAAUCAGUUGUACUGAAACCAUUUUUAAAACGACUGCAUAUGUGGUAGAGGGCAAAAUUUACCGAUUCAUUUCCAGUUAUGACCAAAAAAAAAAAAUCCGGCGAUACAAUUGAUUUUCACUCGGAGUUAAAAUCAGUGGAAUUGACCGAUGAAUGACUGCCGUAAUCCUAUACGAUGUGUUGUAAAUCGAUCAAAAAGCUAUUGAACUGACGGGCUCGUUAACUAUCUAUCUGAAUCUCAUAGGAAAUAAAUGAUCUACACUUUUUGUUUGACAUUAACUUUUAUAAAAAAUCAACAAUAUAAAAAAAUCGGGAUUGUAUCAUUUAGUAUAUUGAUACUUUAACAAGCAAUGUCUGGCUUAAGUAGAAUCUCUAGACGCAAUACAUUAGUUUGUUUAAAGUCGAAACAUAAAGCGAAAUCGAAUUGUGUUACUUUAUUAAAGAAUCUUUUUGUUUCUUGAUAUAUAUAUACACUGUAAAAUGUAAUCAAAAUAAAUAGAAGUAAAAAGUUAUAAAUUAAUGGUUGUAAAUCUAAAUGAAAAUAGUUAAAUACCUCAUCGUUUUAAAUUUUAUCAUUAUGAUUAGUUAAAUCACGGUAAAUGUUUAAGUUAAUAAAUUUUUAAUUUACAAAAUUAUCUUUAAAUUUUAAAAAAUGUUAUAAGUGUAAAUAUGUUUUAUCUUGAAUAAGUAGCCUAAUGUCACUCACUCUUGACAUCCCAUUACCACUGUGUUUUAAUAUAUCGUUCAAGUAAUGAUAAUGAAUUACUGUUCAAUACAAGGUAAAUUUAUUUUCGACAAUAUGUAACAACUCCUAUCUUAUCGUUAAAAGGUUCAGAAAUUCAAUUUCAAAUUAUCUUUAUGUAGAUUUUUCACAUACGAGUAUUUUCUUGGAAAAUUGAUUACUAGUAUGUUUUGUUUGCAAAGAGGACAAUUUGGUUUUGACAUUUACUGUAAAAAUAAGCUUGAUAUCAGUUUUAAUUUAAAGUCUAAUUAAACACACCAAGAGGCGUCAAUUUUUUUAUUUCUAUAAAAAUAUGAUGAUAUAUAAUCUAGCGGCAGGUUGAAUUAUUUUGUAUUUUACAGCCUUUAACUUACUUUGUAAAAUAAGGGGAAAUACGCCAAUAUUUUAAGUUCAGCAGACUAUUAUAAAAUAAAUAAUUGUAAUUGAGUACCAUUAAAUAAAACGAGCCCCCGUAAUUUUAAAGUGUCUUGAAAAAGAAAUGGUAUGUUUUUUUAAAGGAUGUGUUCCCGUUUUGCACACAUUUGAUAAUUGGGUACAGAACAAAAAGUAGGAUAGCAAUUAUAGUCUGCUUUAACUGCAAGAUUUACCUGGAUGAAACAAAAAGAAUAUAUAUAUUGUUUUGUGUUUUAGUAUUAAUAACUUAUAACAAUCAGCAUUCGAUAAAAUAGAAAUAAUGAUAUUUUUAUCCUUAAAUUUCCGCUUAUGGAUAAGAAAAAUAGCGAUAGAUAAUUCAACUUUUACAUUUUUGUCCAUUUACUUUAAAUAAAUCAAAGUACUGAAGUAUUGAAAGCCGGGCUCUUUUGUUGUGACAUUAUGCAUAUUGUGUAGUAAAACUGGUAAUCUCUCUCUCUCUCUCUCUCCCUCUCUCUCUCUCUCUCCCAUGCUUUCAAAGUCGAAAAUGCACCAGAGAGCGAUCGACUGAAUUAUUUUGUAAGCGGCUAGCAACAAAAAUAUGUCUGUCUAGUAGAAAAAAAAUCAACAGUGCAUUGAAUUGAUGCGUUAUAAAAUCAACCCUCUUUCCCAAAAAAUUCAACGCUAAAUUUAUUCUCAAGCCAAAACAAAACCCAGUAGAUUUGACAAAACAUGGCUUUCUAUGAACAUGUAACUAUUUGGUGUAGCGGAAGCUUUUACUUUGACGCUGUUCGUUUUUUGGUUUACGUUUGAAGUUGUGCUAUUUAUAGUAACAUUGGCGAUUGCCAGGACUCUGCCUUCAGCAAAGCCCGGCUAAAAACUGAAUAAAUUAAGGAAAAAAUGUCGGAAAAAAAGCCAAUUUGAAAGCUGAUUCAAUUGAUAAAUAUGGGAAGAAGGGGGAAAUCUGCAGUCAUUUAGGGUUUUCCGAAUCUCUUUUUUCAACUCAGUCGUAAAAAAUGUAAAACGCGUGUUUAUGCUUAUUUGUUUGGUAUGAAUAGAAAGGAGAUUAUGUUAGGAAACCAGUAUAUACGUCACUGAAGGAAGCAUAUCUUAAUUUGUCACAAAAUAUUUCAAUAGAGUAAUUCUUAUGACAACACAGCAGUAAUAUAUAGCAGGUCACUCUGUAUCAUUUCAAAUCAGUAGCUAAACUGGUACAAAACAUUCCGACAAAAAUAAUAUUUUUGAUAUUGAUUCUAUAAACCCCAAAUAAAGAGGGUUGAAAAUGCAUCAUUUGAUUAUUUUUGUGAAAAAUCUUUACAGUUCUUGAAGCAUAUAAAAUUGCCGAUUUAUCAUCCUUCGAUUAUUGAAGCCACAGCAUAAAUGAAAAAUAUCUAACAGCGUUUUUACUAGACAAAUUUCCUCUAUUAAUGUAAGCAAAGAAAAAAAAAGAAGUAAAAUUAAUAUUAAUAUAUGAUAUUUUUUUCUAUUCAAACUUAAAUUGAUGACGUAUGACUAUAGGGUAGUUUUUUUUAUUUUAAUACAUAUCAUACGACACCUCAAACGUCCGAAAACAAAAACGCGAUGCGAUUCAAAAUGUCUCCAAAUGACUGUAUCUCAUUGAAGAUUACUAAUUAUCCAAGCUUGACAUUAUCCUGUAUGGAGUGUCCAUCCAAAUGUAAAUUAUCAUUCUUAUUUAUUUUUUGCAUCAAUUAACAAGGUGACUAUAUUUUGGAGCAUAAAUAACGUUCAGUAUGCAACAGUAUUACAUUUUGCAGGCUCAUCACUUACACUUAGUGGUUCAUCAUGGCUAAUGCUUUGCUUGCUGUUACUUUCUUGCUCAACACAUGUACAAAAUUUUCGCAAUAAUCAU